AUGGCCGAUCCAUUAUGCAAUUCCUGUAAUACGGCUAUCACAGCUCGUUCCAAAAGUGUUAAGUGUGAUGGUUUUUGUGAUAACGUUUUUCAUGCAGCAUGCCAGGGACUGUCAGCUGAUGUGAUAAAAAACAUUGAAAAGGUCAAUGGUUUACUAUGGAAAUGUCAGUCAUGCUGUACUUACUCCAAUGAGGUAAAGCAACUUCUAGACGUCAAACUUGCAAGUCUAUCUGAAAAUAUUCAACUUCUAUUUUCUACUUUCCGUACGGAGUUUAUGGAAAUGGCUGCAAAAACGGGUAAUCUACCAGAACCUGGGCCUUCCGGUAUCAAGAAAUCUUAUUCGUCGGUAGCUAAGGGUAAAUCUGCAAUCAUCAUUCAACCGAAAGAUACCACCCAAGCUGUCCAAACUACCAAAUCAGAUUUACUUCAAUAUGUUGAUCCAGUUUCCGAAAACUUACAUAUAUCUGGAGUGAAGAAUAUAAGGAAUGGUGGCAUGCUGGUAGGCUGUUCGUCUGAUGAUGACAGUCGGAAGUUGAGGCAGAUAGCUGUCGAAAAAUUGGCUGAUAAAUAUGAAAUUAAAGAGGUAUCCAGCUUUCAUCCUAGAGUGCGUAUCGCAGGCAUGACUUGUAAACUGUCUGAAGGUGAUGUUAUCAAGUCCAUUCGUGCACAGAAUAAGGAGGCGUUUACUGAACAUUCUCAAUGUAAGGUGGUUGAAAUCAAGCCCAUCAAAAAACGGAAUGACAUUUAUCAAGCUGUUAUUAAUCUUGAUAUGGAUACAUACAAUAAGGUUUUGUCUGUGUGCAGCGGUAAGUUAUUCGUGGGGUAUGAUGUGUGUGACGUAUUUGAUGCUAUUGAUAUUAAAAGAUGUUUUAAUUGUAGCGGAUUCUCGCAUUAUUCAAAAGAGUGUAAAAGUAAGAAGUUUCAUUGUCCGCGGUGUAGUGAAAAUCAUUUAGUCAAAAAUUGUAAAGCAACUUCGCUGAAAUGUAUAAACUGUAUGAAAAGUAAUAAUGAAAGGAAUACUGAAUUUGAUGUUGCACAUGCUGCUUGGGAUUCUAGGUGUCCUUACUAUUUACAGCGAAUUGAAGAGUUUAAAUCCAGGUUGAUUUUUUCCUGAUUGCGAACUACCCGGUGAAUUAUAUAGCAAUGAAUAUCAUAACUCUCGCACAGCACAUUCCUCAUGUCCUGUUAAAAAAACUCUUUCUGUAUAUUACCAGAACGUUCGGGGAUUAAACUCCAAAUGUCAAGAUUUCCUUCUCAAUGUAACAAUAUCUGAUUAUGACAUCAUUUGCUGUACUGAAACUUGGCUGCAAUCAGGGGUACUCAAUGCAGAGCUAUUUACAGUCCAGUACUGUGUUUUUAGAUCUGAUAGAGACUUAGUUAACCUAGAAUGUACAAGAGGAGGUGGGGCUCUAAUUGCCACGAAAGACUGGUUGAAUUCAUCUGAAAUUGAUACAACUGCUAUUAAGAGUGAUAUUCCCUGCAUAGACCUAGUAGGCGUUCAGUUUACCAUUCAAUAUAAAACCACAUACAUAUUUGUGGUUUACAUACCACCCAAUACUAGCGCUGCAUGUUAUGAGCGCUUAUUUGAGCAUCUAGAAUCUUUGACAUACCUCUCUGGUAAUGAUGUUUAUUUUCUUGGGGAUUUCAACAUUCCAGAGUUUUGUAUACAGAAUAUCUCACCGUCACGCAAAUUGAAUGUAGUUAACUCCUUUACAG